ACAAUAAUAGUUGUGACCACGCGAACGAAAACAAAACGCCGGGAAAAAGAAACGUUUACCUGACGUUUAUUAAUAAUUCGUGCUAAUAUGAUGGACAAACUGUAAACAGACGAGAGCUACUGAAAACAGUUACAAAACUGAAGUACUUGCACUGGCAGAAUGGUGAAAUUAACUGCAGAAUUAAUAGAACAAUCCGCACAAUACACAAACCCAGUCAGGGACCGCGAACUUGAUUUGAGAGGUUACAAAAUACCUGUGAUUGAAAAUCUCGGAGCAACAUUGGACCAGUUUGAUACAAUAGACUUCUCUGACAAUGAUAUAAGAAAGGUGGAUGGAUUUCCAUUACUACGCCGUCUUAAAUGCUUGCUGCUCAAUAAUAACAGAAUUGUGAGAAUAGCAGAGAGUCUUGAAGAAUGCCUUCCCAGCUUAGAGUCUAUUAUUCUCACCAAUAACAAUAUGCAAGAACUGGGAGACCUCGACCAUCUUACUUCCAUUAAGUCUUUAAAAUUUCUCAGUUUGCUGCGGAAUCCUGUUACCACAAAGAAGCAGUACAGGCUGUACCUGAUACACAAGGUCCCACAGCUACGAGUGCUAGACUUCCAGAGAAUCAAACAAAAGGAGCGUGAAACUGCAGCUAAGAUGUUUAAAGGAAAGAAAGGACAGGCUCUGGCCCAAGAGGUCGCCAAACGAAGCAAGACGUUUACACCAGGAGAAAAGUUGGCAGAGAAACGACCCACAGGACCCUCAAAAGAGGACGUCGAACUUAUCAAGACUGCCAUUGCACAAGCUGCUACACUGGAUGAGGUGGAGAGGCUGAACCAGAUGUUGAAGACGGGCAUCAUUCCUGGCCGAGAAAUAAAACGUCUCCGAGGAGAUGCUGUGGAAGAGGAGGAGGAGGAAAUGGAAGUGACGAAUGGAACAUGAGAUGGCCACCAUCACCAGGAACUAUUAUUAUCAUUAUAAAAUGUGAAGAAGAAUAAAGAUAACCUGUUACUUGUACUGCUUACUAAGGCCAACCCAAUCAUACGUCUAUCAAUAUCACUCGGCAGGCACUCGUACACAAAUAGUUGUGUUAAUAAUGAAUAUUUCAUUAGCUUGUAAUACAGUACAUAGAAGUAAAGUUAAAACUGAUUGAAUUUAUAAAAUUCUUACAGAAAACGCAGUGACUAUUGAACUUUCAAUUAAGUUGGCUAAGAUUUGGUGCAGGAAUUUAUUCACCCAGUUUAAUAUUAAUAUCAUAGAAAUAGCUGUUCAUUCUGUAAAAACUAUCCAUUUUCAUCAUCAUCAUGAAUAAGUAUAAUAUAAAAGUUGUUUUUGUUUGUCUAUUGAUGUUUAUCGGUAUCGGUGUUUACACUGGUAAGAACUGUAUACUACUACACAUGUUUGAGAAUUUAAGUCAGAUAUUGUGACUGAUCAGAACACGAUAGCAGACAACCGGUCAGGAUAAUGGAAGAACACGCUUGACAUGUCAAAUUUCAUCCUCAAUACUCCAGGGGGUAGGCUCAUUUUUGAUCUCUGUGCCCCACGAAUAUGUCGUAGAAAAAUUGAAGGCUAGCUACUAGCUAUUUGAUUGGUCUCUGGUAGAAAAACCUGACCCAAUUACUAGGCUGAUACAUGUCCUUUGAAGAUCACAGAGAAGCGACGCCCAACUUCAAAGCCAGUCAAUUUUUGAUGUACAUCAAAGUAUUAUUAAACUAAUCUUUUUGUAGCAUCAACAAGGUUGUGCACAUUGAGCCUUCAAUUUUGUCAUGACAUAUUCCAGGGAUGCAGAUAGUGUAAGUGAGCGUAAUCCCUGAAGUAUCGAGGAUGUUCUAGUUUGGACUUGUGUACUGUUGUUCCAUACAUGCCUGGCGGUACACUGCUACAGAUACUACUACUUUGUUCUGGUCACCAGUGAGCAAGUGUGUGUGUCCAAUAUGUACAUCUUCUGUAAAAGAUAAUAAUCUUGAGAGAAAUUCAUUUAAAUUUCAUAGCAAUUGUUUUAAUUAUCAUGCUUUGUAGAUCUACGCGUGUGCUUUGUGAUAAAAUCAUUAACAACUUCGAAACAAACAGAUGAAAGCGUGAUUGAUAUAGUUCUUUAUAUUUUCUUGUACAGACAAAGGUUUUUUUUCGAGUAAAGAGUUAUUUCCCUUUGUAUUGUCCACAUUUUGUAUGGACAAUUAAUCUAAAGGUUAUUUCCCUUCGUGUGGCGAACACCAACUAAUCCAUAUAAGAAGUAUUUUAUACUGUCAUGCUAUGAAAAAUUUGUAGUUGUACUAGUAGUACAUCACACUGUAUUGGAAAUAAAGGUUGAGAGGCUUUAUAAUACAG